ACAUGGAACAGGAGCAUAAAAGAAAAAAAAGACAAAGACAGUCUCUUUCUCUUAAACUAUUUAAUUCUCUGAGUGAAUCUAUGAAAACCAAAAGAUCUCAUGCAUUUUCUAUACAUCUAGGCGAAGUUUUUGAUACUCAGGUUCCAAAAUUUUUUAACUUACUUGACCAACCAGUUCUACAAGAAGUUAAAUUCAACAUUCAAGAUAAAAAUUUUAUAAUUGACUAUAAUGAUGAUUACAAAGAAAAUAGCGAUAGUAAUAGAUCUCUUGUCUCAUUUUUGGAAGUUAUUGAUCAGGGUCCGAUAUCUCAUUAUGCUUAUCGUAAAUUAGCUAAAAUUCAGCAUGAAUUACCACGAGCAUAUGAGAUUUCGGAUACCGGAACAAAAAUUAACUAA